UAACCAUACCAAAACCCUAACCCUAGUCUUUCUUAUUCUCUGCUCGCCGCCAAAGCGAACCAAAGAGAUAAAAAAAAAAAAAAAAAACGAGAGGCUCAGCAGCCAGAGAGCAGUGUUUUGACAAUUCGCCAUGGGUAAGGUUCACGGAUCUCUAGCUCGUGCUGGUAAGGUGAGAGGCCAAACUCCUAAAGUGGCAAAGCAAGACAAGAAGAAGAAGCCCCGGGGCCGCGCUUACAAGCGGAUGCAAUACAACCGACGCUUCGUCACCGCAGUUGUUGGAUUUGGCAAAAAGAGGGGACCUAACUCAUCUGAGAAGUAAGAGAGCUACGUAGGUGAAGAAGCCUUGUUGCAAGCAUUGAUGGAUUAAGUCUUUGUUUUUUUUUUGUAACGUUUUUAUGAUACUUAUUUUUAGCUACUGGUUUCAAGGAUUGAGUUGAACUUUCAUUUUGUUAGCUAGAGAUGAUGUGAUUUUGCUAUCAAUUGUCUUAAUUUUUGGCGU